GUCUUUGUGCCGACUGGCGCUGGCCGCCGGACGGCUCCCCAACCGCGGCCGCCCCGACCCCGCCCCCUCGCGCCGCCGACCAAUGACCGACGCCGCAGCGCAGCGUCACGGCGGCACCCGCCAAUCACACCGCGGGGGUGGACCGGAUGACGUCACCAAACUUGCCACGCAUUGUGCAAAAAUGUAUAGAAAAAAUGAAGAUGGAAGACCAGGGCGUUGUGGCAGCGCCGAAGCCCCAUUCUGUGAUCAGAGGUGGACUCGUUUGGAUCGCAGGAGCCCUCUAACUCAGGCCUAGCCAUGCUGGACACGACCUUUGAGAUGGACGACCGAUCUCACUACGGCAUGGGAAACCGGAACGGCUCGCCGGACCGCUACUUCACCUGCAAGUUCUGCCAGCGACUGUUCAGGAAAGCCUACAAUCUGAUGAUUCACGAGAGGUCUCACGACACAGCCAAAUACAGUGCCGACAUCUACAAACUGCGCAACGAGCUCUCGUCGUGUAACCGGCGCGACCUCAGACUUCUGCUGGCCAGGGCCGUCCAGGAGGAGAGCUUCCAGGCCGUCAAGCUCAAGGUGUGAUGUUCGAGCCCGAGAGAGCGCUGCUACCGACCGGGUCUGUGCCGUCUCGAGCCGCGGGACUGGGACCUUCCCGUCCCAGCCGCGGGACCGAGACUGUCCGUCACGAGCCGCGGGACCGGGUGCUUGUCCCGGGCCGGGGCGGCACCGGGACUGCGCCGUCUCGAGCCGCCGGGGCCGGGAUCAUCUGUCCUGUCCAGGAACGCCGAGUCAUCCGUUCAGACCGUCGCGACUGUCGCCUCUCCGUCGGUUCUAUUCCCCGCCACGGCUGUCUGGCCGGUCCUGCUGUCCAGCGCGCCUGCCUGGAAGCUGUCUGCUGUCCAGCGCGGCUGUCCGGCCGGCUGUCUGCUGUCCAGCGCCUCCCCGCUGCUGGCCGGUCGUGCUAUCCGGCCAGGCCAGGCUGUCCAGCCAUGCAUAGCUGUCCGGUUUAUCCCAGCUGUCCAGCCACGUUGAGCUAAUUAUAUAGCCAUGCUGUCCAGCCAAGAUAAGUUGCUCAAAUAGGUCACUGUAUCCGGGUGUUCCAUACCGUCCAAGCAGACCGUGCCAUUUAACUGUGUCUUCCAGCUUAUUUAUUUUCAACUACAUACUAAGUGUGCUGUGAAGUCAACGCUUUGUACCCAGUCCGUUCAAGUAGUUAGCGACGGACUGGUGUCGGAUUGAGUCAUGUUUGGUAGGCAAUGGCGGACUGUUCGGUGAAGCGUUUUCAGUUAGGCGGAUCUAAAUUUGGAGCUGCUGUAAUUAGGACUAAUUUAGGGGGCGAAAUUCGCUGCGCGGGCUGCAGCGCUCGGGCUGGCGACCGCUGUCCGUGUCGGUGUAAUGUGCAGCCGGCGCGCGCCCCGUCCCUCCCGACUGUGAUCUUGUGCUAGUUGUCGUGUGAGCUGAGAGCAGGGGCUCGGAUGUGCUGUGCCAGGCGGUGAGAGCAUGUUGAAAUGCUUACGGAGUCGGAGCACUGAGGCGCCAGUCUCCGUCUUUUGCACCCUGUGUUGCCUGUGUAUAAGUUAACGUUUGUGCGCUUAGGUUUAGAAUAAGUGUAUUUAUUUGCCGCCCAACAUUUUCAGCUUUGAGUGAGUUUCAGGUUUGAAUGGUUUUCUCAUUUGUGUUAUUUGCAUGACAAGCCUGCAUAGAUAGAUUCCACGACACCACUGUGAGGUGUCUCUAAGUGCCAAUUGUCGAUCCUCCAGCUAGAUAGCACAGGUUUCAGGUUGACUGCUAGCAGCAAAUUAAUUAUGGGUGUUACGACUAUCACACGCAUUCACAUUCGUAUGUCGACGAAAUAUAUUAAUUUAUAGUA